AUGUCGGAGAAACGCCGGUCGCGAUGGUAUUUCGGUGGACUAUCCUCAAGUGCUGCUGCCUGUAUUACACACCCCUUAGAUCUGAUCAAGGUGCACCUCCAGACACAGCACGAGGUGAGGAUGAGGAUGAUGGGAAUGACCAUGAGUGUGGUGCAGAGAGAAGGUGUUCUGGCUCUCUACAGCGGCCUCAGCGCCUCCCUCUGCAGACAGAUGACAUAUUCUCUGUCCCGCUUCGCCAUCUAUGAGACAGUGAGUGAUCAGAUGAAGGACAGGACCCAUGGUUCUAUGCCCUUCUACCAGAAGGUCCUUCUGGGGUUGGUUGGAGGAUUUGCAGGUGGAUUCAUUGGGACCCCAGCAGACAUGGUUAAUGUCAGAAUGCAGAAUGACGUUAAAGUACCACUAGAACUCAGGAGAAAUUAUGCUCAUGCACUAGAUGGACUGUUCCGCGUAUGGAAAGAGGAGGGAAUGAAGAAGCUGUUCUCUGGAGCCACAAUGGCAUCCUCUAGAGGAGCACUGGUCACUGUUGGACAGCUGGCCUGUUAUGAUCAGGCCAAGCAGCUGGUUCUGGGGACUGGAGCCAUGCAAGACAACAUUCUAACACACUUCCUGGCCAGCCUCAUCGCAGGAGGUUGUGCCACUGUCCUGUGCCAACCACUGGAUGUCUUGAAGACCAGGCUGAUGAACUCAAAAGGGGAGUAUGUGGGGCUGCUACACUGUGUGAGAGAUACAGCUAAACUGGGACCCAAUGCCUUCUACAAGGGUUUGGUUCCAGCAGGGAUCCGUCUCAUCCCUCACACAGUUCUCAUUUUCAUCUUCCUAGAGCAGCUCAGAACCUGCUGCGGCAUCAGGAUCGUCACCUGA